AUGCAAUCUAAAGCUGAAACAUACAACAGUCCGCACGUAAUUGCAAACAACGACACAUAUCUUUAUUUACACUGUUGUGCAGUGGAAUUGGUUCGCCAACUCAAUUGGACCAUUAUAAUAGCACCAAAGCAGAGAAAGACUUCGAAAAAGACAAAUACAUUGGACUACUAUAGAAUUACUAACAUCUAUGACUCUCAGGGAGCUACUGUCUAUGAUGAGAAAAAUCCCAUUCCACUUCAAAACGAAACAGUUAUUGGCUCAUCUUUUGAAGAUUCUUCAAUAAAAACUAAUGCAGCUUCAAGGAAAAGAACAAAGAAAAACGACAAGAAGAACGUUCCGAUACUUUUGCAAACAAUGAACGAGCAACUGAAGAAAACAAACGACAAAAACCAAAAAUGCAAAACGACCAAAAAAUCCGUAUCUUCUGUUUCUCGAGAAAGACUGAACUAUAUUUACUCUACUGAAAAUGGUGAUACAAAUCCAAUCAAAUGUUAUAAAGAUGAAAUUAAUAGAAGAGGGUAUAAACUAUACUUAAAGUUACGUGACUUGUUCAAAAACACUGAGCGAAAUAUUCCCAGUGUUAUGCUCUACAAAGAUAGGGAUCUCCCUGAUAAAGAUAUGAAAUAUACUCCUCUUCCAUUGUCUAAGGUUGAUGCAUAUGACUUUAAUCCUGAAGCUGAUGGUGUCAAAUCAAACACAAAUUCAUAUGAGAGAAAUACCCUUGAAUAUACUCCAGAAAUCGAACCAGGUGACACUCAAUCAUCUCCACCUUUUCUUGAUUACACUAGUGAAAACACUCCAACGACACAACAAGUUGUGUUUCAAAAUGUAGAACCGUUUACACAAGACUGGGAAUUGAAUUUUGUCAAGACUCAAGGCUCUAUCCCUUAUUACACAUUUGAAAAUAUGGAGAUCCCAGACUUUGAAAUUAUAAAUAGAUCAAAAUACUUUUUAAUAACUGCAAACAAAUAUAUAUGGUACACUGACCAUGAUUAUAAUGUUUUAAAUUGGAAGGUUUAUUCCCAAAAUGGACAACUCUAUGCUACCAAUGGGGAAUAUUACUUCUCAUUCGUGUUUACCAAUCUAUGGUAA